AUGAUCAAUAUCGAGACAAUGAAAAGAAAGCCAACGGAAGACGGAACCGAAGAUGUGCCACCACCGCCGAAGAAAGUGUGUUUCUAUCGAUUCGUCGAGGAAGUUCACUUUCAAGUCAUCGAAGGACCGAGGCGGGGUGUGAAGAGAAGUCGUGUAAAUGGGCCGGCGAUUAGGAAGGAGAAGUCGGAUCUGAAGGAGGCACCACCGAAGCGUCAGAAGCCGCGAGUUGUGAGUCAAUUGGAGAUGAAUGAUGAGUUUGGGAUGGACGCUGAGCCGAUAGAACUCGACAUGACAUCGAAGUCGAUGUUCUGUUAUCGGUAUUGUGUGUUUGGGUGUACAGCGAACUGUCCUUGCCGUCGAGACGAGGUGCCGUGUUGUCCACGAUGCCCAUGUGAUCCCCGUUCGUGCUUUAAUCGAGAUCGAUCGAAGGAUGGCCAGCAGACGGCGAAGUCUUGGGUGAGGUCGCGAUUGCCGAUGGCGAACAACGAAUGGGCGAUGAUGGAGCCUGUGACGGUGAUUAGGGAGAAGAAGACGAUGGUGAAGACGAUGGAGGAGCCUCGUUUCAAGGUGUUUGACGAUGAGGAUGAGGAUGAUGAUCCGGAGGUUUUGCGAGAAGAGGCGAUCGUGGCAACGGUGGAGCAGGACGAGGCGAAGACGAUCAACGAGCCCACGAUCGAACCAGAAGAGCCGGAGACCGUGCGCUAG